AUGUCCGGCAAUCAAGCCCUCGGAAUCAACUCUGUCGUCGGGUCCCAGGCCAACACGGCUCUCACGAGCCACGGCAGCGACUGGUAUUUUACCGUGACGGCUCUCAUGACGGUCUCGGCCCUGACAUUCACCGCGGCCGCCGUCAAAAGGCCGCCGUACCACCGCGUCUUCCACCAGACCUCGGCCCUGUUCUGCUUCGUGGCCGCCAUAGGCUACUUCAGCAUGGGCUCGGGCCUAGGCCAGGUGCCCAUCGAGGCCGAGUUCACGCGCCCCGACAGCUCCUACACCUCCGCCGCCGGCACCCGCGAGAUUUUCUACGCCCGCUACGUCGACUGGGCCGUGUCUCUGCCGCUGGUCGUCUUGGCGCUCAUGCUGUCUUCGGGCGUGCCCCUGUCCACGACCUUGACCACCAUGAUGGCGACCGAGAUCUUUAACGUCUGCCUUUUGAUUGGUGCCUUGACGGAGACCACUUACAAGUGGGGAUACUUCACCUUUGCCCUAAUGGCCGAAUGGUUCGUCUUCUACCAGCUCCUCAUCCCCGGCCGCAAGUACGCCUCAGCCGUCGGCGGCUCCGUCGGCAGCACCUACCUGACCGCCUCGCUGCUUGUCGUCACCUGCUGGUUCUUUUAUCCCAUCUCCUGGGGCCUGAGCGAGGGUGGUAACGUCAUCCAUCCCGACUCCGAGGCCAUCUUCUACGGACUUCUCGACAUCUUCAGCAGGCCCAUGGUCGGCGCCGUCCUGCUCCUCGGCCACCGCAACACCGACUUUGCGUCCUUGGGCUUCAAGGCCCGCGAGCCUGGUCAGAUCAACGAGAAGAGUCCCGGCCCGGUCCAGGGGAACAACGGGACCGUCGAAGCCUAA